CAUACCUGGGUUUCCCUGUGCAUGCUUGAUUAGCCUCGUUUGGUUGGCGAAAGCAUGGCUGAUACAAAUCAACGUCGGAAGAGAGGAGAACGUAAUGGUGGACGGAAAGAUGCGGCGACAGUCAAGCAUGUAGUCAAAAGAUACCGUAGCUCGUUGCCUGAGGUGUAUCUACUGGUCGUCUUGGUGAUGUUCGGUGGCAAUCUAGCCGCAGUUGUCUGGUCAUAUAGUUGGUUGCCCGAACCGCGCGUCGUGUCGACUGUCGACUCGGACUCAAUAAGAUCGCCCGAUGCGGUGGGGGAAUUUUACGAACAUCGUGCCAGGAAACAUCUAGAUAUAUUAACCAGCUUUGGGCCGAGAACUACCGGUAGUGUUGAAAACGAAGAAAUGGCCUUCAGGUAUAUCUUGAAAGAACUGAAUAAAAUUAAACCACACCCACAGAAAAAAUAUGAGAAGGACGUACAAAGGCCAGAGGGUUCAUUCUCGCUUCAUCUAAUCAAGGACUUCAGUAAUUAUUACCGUAAUGUCACCAAUAUCAUCGCACGUGUAGGGCCCGGAGAGACUGCGAUGUCACCAGGAAAAAAAAACAAGAAAACACGCCCAAGUCUUCUAGUGAAUUGCCACUUUGAUUCGGUACCUGAUAGCCCAGGCGCAAGCGAUGAUGCUGGUAGCUGCGCUGUCUUGCUGGAAAUAUUACGAAUCUUAGUUGAAUCAGACGAGCCACUCAAGCAUAGCGUCAUAUUCCUGUUCAAUGGUGCAGAGGAAAACAUUUUGCAUGCAAGCCAUGGAUUUAUAACUAACCAUCAAUGGAGGAAAGAUAUCAAAGCAUUUCUGAAUUUUGAAAGUGCUGGGUCGGGUGGACGGGAGGUAGUUUUUCAAACAGGUCCACAUCAUCCAUGGUUAGUGCACGCCUAUGCAGCCACUGCAAAAUAUCCCUUAGCAAACUCCUUUGCACAAGAUUUAUUCCAGAGCGGUGUCAUUCCUGCGGAUACUGACUUCAGGAUUUUCCGAGAUUAUGGAGACGUUCCAGGUAUUGAUAUGGCUUACGUAACUAAUGGAUAUGUCUACCAUACAGAGUAUGAUGAGCCCCAACGAAUUUACCCUGGAUCUCUACAAGCUGCAGGAGACAACAUUUUAGCCCUGAUUAAACACAUUGCCAAUUCCCCAUAUUUAGAAGAUCCCGAAGAAUAUCGCCAUGGUGACAUGAUAUAUUUUGAUGUUCUUGGUUUUUUUCUUGUGGCUUAUCCUGUGCGUAUUGCUACUCUACUUAAUGGUUGUAUUCUGCUCUAUGUAUUGACUUCUAUAUGGCAAAGAGUGCUGGCCAAUGAAGAUGAGUAUGAAGGUCCAGUAGGAUUGUCUUACCUCUUUCAUCUUUUACUGGCUGUUGGUAUAAUAUCAUUCAGCUGGUGUUUAUCCUUCUUAGUUACCAUAACAAUUGGCUAUCUACUGAGUAUGGCUGGUUAUGGGAUGUUCUGGUUCACAUCUAAUUCCCUUAUAUUUGGUGUAUACGGAUGCCCAGCCUUGUUAACUUUAAUUUCUGUUCAUAUCAUUGCCAAACAUUAUUUUUACAAAAAGAGAUUUACAAAUCUAUGGGAGGUGGAGUCAAUCUAUUUUGAUGCAACGCUUCUAUUGUGGAUGAGUUUUCUAGCAGUCGCUACUGCCAAGCAUUCAAUGUCUUCUUAUAUCUUGCUGAUGUGGGUGGCCUUUCCCGUUGUGUUUAGACGAUUGACGUCACUGUUUUUUUCAGACCAUUUAAAUGCUAUGCCGCCUCGACUUUUCUUUGGCUCUCAUACUGUAUCAUUGGUAAUCCCCACACUUAUGAGUAUGUACAUUAUCUGGAUGUUAUUUUUGUUGGUCCUACCAAUAACUGGAAGAAUUGGUUCAGUUGUGAAACCUGAUUUGUUGAUUGCUGCGUUAUUAACGUUUGCUGUUGUCUCGUGUACUUCCUACCUGAUGAGUCUUGUUUAUGUACUGCGUCGUUUGGAAGGAACAUAUCUUGUAUUGUCGAUAAUGUUUUUGACAAUGUUGGGGAUUACCGUGGCAACACCAUAUGGAUUUCCGUAUGGAGGAAAUCCAUUGUAUCCAACACCAAAGAGAAUGUUCACACAGCUUGUGCGUUACUCAAGAGCAUGUUUUAGAUAUUCAGACUUCCUGGCCAGAUCUCGGCUAUUGACUGCCAAGUUGACUUGA